UUGCUUUUCAGUCUCGACAUAUUGUCUCUAGAGGACUACACCCAUCUGAACAUCACAUUGCCCGAACGUCACAUAGUGUUAGCAUUAGCCACUGCAUGGCUAAUCGUAUUCAUGGGAGUCUGCCGUGGUACGACUUGGAUGGCUAGGGCAAUACGAUUUACUGCUACGAUACCAUACUUGAUGGUAAAAAUUGCUUCGUUAGCCAUGUAG